GUGGAAUCCAUCAUUCCACACAAUUUUUUUUUUUUUGGCUUUUGGAUGAUCAUUCAACUUCACAAAGGAGACCAACGGCCAUCAAGCAAAGGACAACAGCUCUUCCCCUUCUCUGGCCGUCGUCCUCCUUUCUCCGGCGAGGAAAAAAAUGGCGGUUUCGUUAUCCCCAUACUUCUCCCCCAGCACUCUCCUUCAGUCCAAUUUCUCCGCCAAUUCCUCCUCCACCUCCCCUCGCUUCCUUUUCUCGCUCCCGUCUCGCCACUGUCGGAACGGACAGUCUCUCGAAUUCUCGCUUCGUCACCGGAGUCAGACGGCAGUCGUCUCAGCCAUCUCAGGAUCCCCUGGAAUCGGAUCCUCCAGCUCUGUGAGCGAAGAGACGACGACGAAUACAUUGGACAGCGUUAAGGUGGUUGAUCUCAGUGGCAAUGAAAUUCCAGUUUCUGAUUUGUGGAAGGAUCGGAAAGCCGUCGUUGCAUUUGCUCGCCAUUUUGGAUGCGUGCUUUGCCGGAAACGGGCGGAUUAUCUCGCUGCUAAGAAGGAUGCAAUGGAUGCAGCUGGAGUUGCUUUGGUUUUGAUUGGACCUGGCAGUGUCGAUCAGGCAAGAACUUUCUUUGAGCAAACGAAAUUCAGAGGAGAAGUCUAUGCAGAUCCAAACCACUCGUGUUAUGAAGCGUUAAAUUUUGUUUCUGGAGUUGGAACAACUUUUACUCCCAAGGCAGGUCUUAAGAUAAUACAACUAUACAUGGAAGGUUACCGACAGGACUGGAAACUCUCAAUGGAAAGUGACACCGUCAACAGAGGAGGCUGGUAUGUUGGUGGACAUCUACAUUCCUCGAUUGCAUCCCUCAUUUAUGAAAACCUCCAUGGGACUUUUGCAAUUACUGUUUUGUGUCUGUAUGGACUUUGUGUGCACGGCUUAUCUAUCGUCUCCCUGCCAACUCGGCAAAAAGGAAAGCACUGAGAUUCUGUGCGAACAUUCUGAUCAAGUCGGGAUAGUGUGGAUUACUUGACGAACUAUGGACGUUUUGCUGUUGUGUUUUUUAUUCAGGAGGCAAGGAGGGAUAAUAGUUGCAGGCCCUGGAAAGACUAAUAUAUCAUACAUCCACAGGGAUAAAGAAGCUGGUGAUGACCCAGAUAUUGAAGAAGUACUAGGUGCAUGUUGCCGGUAAAGGGAGUUACAUAUGGGUGGGUAGUUCCCGUCACGGGUGAAUGUGGGAUAGUAGAAUGCAUAGCUUAGAAAGUAGAAACUGUAUAUCUGCAAAUACGUUUCAGAGAGCGAUACAAAAUGAAAAUAUUGUUUGUGAUUUCUGUUUUGACGGCUGUUAAACUGACAAAAAAUAGCUUUACUGAUUUAAGUGGAACCUGCGUGCAGCAUCUUUGUAGCAACAUCGUGGGAGAAAAUAUUUCUUGAGCUCCCGUGGUGAUGAAGAAUCAGUAUAAGGCUUUUGUUAGUCACAGA